AUGUGGUUGAGGAGUUUCUUCGUGCUGUUAGGAACCUGUAAUGAAGAUGGUGGGCAGAUGGACCAGUAUCUGGUCUAUGGAGAGCAAUACCUGGCUGUACGGGAGGCUGUUGCCAAAGCAGUAUUAGAGGGCACUGUGGAGGACAUAGAGAAGAAGUGUGAGAAAUGCCAAGAACUUGAGUACUUCAUCCAGGGUUCAAGGUACCUAGAUCCCAAGCCAGUGAGGGACUUUGCCAUGGCAUUGGUGCAGAACAGGAUGGGAGAACUGAAUGUCCAUAAUGGCCGUCCCGGUGCAGAGCACGUCCUUACAGAGCUGACUGUCCACCUGGCCACUGUGCUGCUCACUGGGACAGAAGGGGUGCUUACACCUCUUCAGCAGCUUGGCCUGACUCCUAACAACAUGCAGAGACCCUUCAUUCCCACGAUGCCUGAAGACAUGCUGGCUAUGGCCCAAAGGGUUUUAACACAGACUGGAGGCCUUCAAGCACUCACCUGGUAUUCCUGUCCUGAAGGACACCCUUGUGCUGUUGGUGAGUGUGGUCGCCCCACCCAGCUGGCACGCUGUCUAGAGUGUGGGGCAGUAGUUGGAGGGAAGAACCAUGCUCCUGUCAGAGGUUUCAGUGCUAUGGGACUGCAGCGGGGAGAUCUGACACGGACUGGUCACAUCCUAGGAGAUCCUCAGAGGAGGGACAACCCAGACUCCCAGGACACCAAAAACAUGUCCCUCACCCCCUUCACCCUCGUCAGGCUGCUCACCCAUCUAGCCAUGCUGCUAGGGGCCUCAGAGCACCCACAGUCCGUCCAGCAGAUCAUCCAGCCUCCAGUUGCUGACCCCUGUGGAUUUCUGAUCCUUCACCUGCUAAAGAAUAUGGAUCAUGUGACCAAAGCCCUGGGGAAGGGAACAGAUGGCACGGUCACCGCCAUCCACCUGAUAAUCAGAUCCAUCCUGGAGUCACCACAGACCAAUCCAUGGAAGGCCUUUCAUUAA